UCCCGUCCUGUGCCGCGCUGCUAUUUCGCCGUUCCAUUAGUGCGCCUUCCAGCCAAUUCCAGGUGGGUCGAUAAGAUAUCAUUAGGGCUUCUCAUCUGGCAGCCCCAAAGUGAAAAACAAAACAAAACCGCAGCAGGUUGAUAUUGUUUUGGCAGGCGGGGGCGAAGGGGCUGAAUUCAGAGUAAAUUAUUAUUUACUCUUUCCGGGACUCAGAAGAAAAACCAGGCGAUUCGCAGCUCAGAUCUGAUUCUAGACAUCGGAGAGCCAUGAGGACUAGCGGCUGGGUUCUCCUCCUGUUCUUUCUGCAACUGGGUUCUUCUCAUGUCCUGGAAUGGACAUACAAAGGGAAACUGGAUGAGGAACACUGGGGAAAGCACUUCACGGACUGCCUGGGAAGGCACCAGUCCCCCAUCGACAUUCGGAAGAGAGAAGUCCGCUACAACCCAGGACUGGAACCACUGGAACUUGUAGGCUAUGGUGGACCCCUGCGAGGAAGCUUCACAAUGACCAACAAUGGGCAUUCAGUUAGUAUAAACCUGCCUCCAAGCAUGACCAUCAUCAAAGGGCUUCCGGGAGUUUUCACAGCUGUCCAACUUCAUCUUCACUGGGGAGGCAUGGACCUUGAGACCAGCGGCUCUGAACAUACCAUAGAUGGGAUGCGAUACAUGGCCGAGCUCCACAUCGUCCAUUACAACUCAGGUGCAUACCCAAGUUUUGAAGAAGCAAAGGACAAACCGGAUGGGUUGGCCGUUCUGGCUUUACUCUAUGUGGGUGGCACUUUAGAAAACACCUACUACAGUAAUUUCAUUUCCAACUUGGCCAAAAUCAGAUAUGCAGGGCAGUCAACCACACUUGACACUCUUGACGUCUUGUCCAUGUUGCCUGAAAACCUCACGAAUUUCUACCAGUACCACGGCUCCUUGACCACGCCUCCGUGCACGGAGAACGUGAUCUGGACUAUAUUUCACUCGCCCAUCACGCUUUCCCAGACGCAGAUCAGCUUGCUGGAGAAUGCCUUACUGGACUGGGAGAACAAAACCUUGAGGAAUGACUACCGCUACACCCAGCCCCUCAACGACAGGGUGGUUGAAGCGUCUUUCAUGAUCAAGCCCAGUGAAGACAUGUGUCACCCGGUGAGUGUCACGCACAAACUGGACGAAAUACGCACCCAGCUCCAGGAAAUAAAGAAGGGUCUUCUGAGCGCCAUGAGUCACCCCGGUCACGGGACGGCCCGCGCCCAGGCUUUUUACUUCCCCCGCGGAAACGUCGCCAGCUACGCCGAGGUCCGCCCUCUGCAGGAGAUGACACUCCACAGCUUCACCCUCUGUUUCUGGGUCCACAACCUGCAAGAAGGGAAGCAAACAGUGUUCUUCUACUCGACCCCGGAACGGGAGAACGAGCUGGCGGUCACCGUGGGCGUGGACGUGGGCGUCUGGGUCGGCGGGAGCUUCGUGCAGUUCGACCUGCAUCGCAAGUCCGAAGAGUGGAUCCACUACUGCAUCACGUGGGCCUCCCACAACGGCAUCGUUAAUCUGUGGGUCAACGGAGCGGUCGGCACCGCCAAGAACAUUCAGAAGGGCUACGUGAUCCAGACCGGCGGGACGGCCAUCCUGGGCAAGUACAAGAACGCCAUGCUCAACGUCUUCGCCAACGGGUUUUCCGGCUGGAUGAGCCACGUCAACCUCUGGAGCCGUGUCCUCCACCACAAAGACAUCGAAGAGCUCACCCUUUGCAAGAACGACGACACGAAAGGGGAUAUCAUCGCUUGGGGCGAAACGGCCAUCGCCUUGUUUGGGGGAGUCGUUAUGGAUACCGAUACGAGCUGCAGGUGAUACUCGUUGUUAAAAUGGCGGCGUCCGAAAUCAGCGAUGGAGGACUGGGGGGGGGGGGGGAAGCACCGAUCACAAUAUUAAUUUUCCUUCAAGCUUCGCACGCAAACGAGCUGCUUCGCUUUCCGCUCUGAACGCUUCUCAUCCAUCCCUUUACGACUGUGGGGAGUCGCAUCAUGGUCGAAUUACAGGGAAAUCUCACCAGGAGGUGAGAAAUUGCCCUGCAAAUUCUUCCGUGUAUAUAUGGGGCAUGUUUGCAUGUAGUGGAAUAGAAAUGCACGCAACAGUGGGAGGGCCAAAUGGAGAAAGAAGGCAUUCACUGCAAUUGUAUCUCCGUUUUGCUGCAUGGGGGGGGCAUGGGGGGGGGGGUCAGGCACAUUUCCGAGAACAAUCCAAGAUGGAUGUAUUACAAGGAUUUCUCGAUCGUUGCAGGAUAUCCAGGUAGAAUCUGGGAAACGAAAAUGUUGGCACAGCUGUGUUCUUGCCUAGAAAGGAACGCAGGGACUGAAAUCCUCUUGAUAAAAGUGGUGAUAGGAGAACAGAAGAGAAAAACUCAUAGAUUUAGCUGGCUAUAGAGCGGCUUUCCUUCUACUAGUCUUGCAUGGUAGCUGUCAGGCGGGAGGGAAAUUGUCACAGAUGCUCCGGUCAUAUGACAAGCCUUUUGCAUGGCCCGAGGACAUAACUGUCCUGUAAUUCAAGCCCCAGUCCUGCACACAGAUCUGUGCAUGUGCCUAUUUUGGGAACGUUGUCCUAGGAGCACAAUCCUGACACACACACUUCUGCAUUUAAAUCAAAGGGGGUUACGCACCUUCAAGGCUCUCUUGGCUACAUCGUCAGGGUGUGUUGAAUGCUUAGUUCAGGCUUAUUCAAACAGAAGAUGGCAGGCAUUUCUUUGAAGCAGCAUUUGGUUGCGGUUAACCCUUGGGGCUUAAAUUAAAUCAACCCUAGCUGGGAAAAUGGAGCGGAUUAGAUCAACAUUGGGUGUGUCCAAUGUUGAUCUGAACUUCCAUGGCAAAACAAACAUGUUUCGUCUUCUUCCACUGUGGCUUAUAUAGUCGGCACAGCUAUGUUAUUUAUAACAAUAAUAAAGUCUGCACCAAUUAGACCUGGCUCAUCUUUACUGAGUUUUAGCAACACCAGUUCUUUGAGAUGCAUUAGUUAGUUGGGCAGCACCGAAAUGCAUUGAAGCGCAUCUUGCAGAUAUUUCUUUAACUAUUUCACGGUGGCAGCCAUUGAUGCAGAAAUUACGAUGCAAUCCUUUGCAGAAAAAAGUACCACCACUCAGAAAUUCUGGGAGGUUUCCCCCCCACCGCUGUCUAAACAUGCACCUUCAAAGUUGUAAAGCCAGGGGAACGGAGUUGAUGGGAUCCUGCCCAAUUUCUUAUUUAUUUAUUUUUAAAGUUAAAACACCACAUUUUAUCCUCCUGUACCAAGAUAUGCCCUUGGGUUAAUUUGGUCUAUCCUAUAUUCGUGUGUAUGUGAAGAAAUGUGCAUGUAUGUGGUUACACUCAGGCAAACUACCAGAGCUCCAAUGAGUAUAGAUUUAAGGGCACAAUCCUAGACCAAUGCAGUCAUAAAUGGUUUUCUGUAUGCAUAGGAUUGCACCUUAAGCUGUAUGUAACUCCAAU